UCUCUUGAUAUCUUGUGUUAUCUUCAAAAGUUUAAUUAAAUUCGUUAAAAUGACCUGGUGGAUAACCGCUUGCUUGCUGAUUGCUUCAGUUAUUUCAAUCGAAGCUCGUGAGAUAACUCGAUCCCGAUCUGGACCGAGGGUCGUCAGUCCUCACGGUCGUUUGCUCCUGAUGAGGGACAGAAGGAACCCCGUUGGUGUCUACAGUCCUCCGAGAGCGAUGAUGCUGACCGGUUUCUAUCGACCGGUACGAUACUCGACUGGUGGUCAAGCCACUGGCGUAUUUGCACAGGGUAAUGCGGUCAGUGGCGGAGCUUAUCUUGCAGGCACUCAGAACCCAAAUUAUCAACGGCGUGAUCUAGAACCUCUUGAUCAGACACGAGUAUCCAGUGCUGAGGCUGAAGCUGCGCUGGAGCCACAGGACGCGCCGGUUUAUGGUAAUGCAGAAGCCGAUUAUCCACUGAGCCAGGAUGAACCAGAGCAGCAGGAAAAUGACCAACCUGAUACCCAAUUGAACAAUGAGUCGGAACGAUCACCGGAAGUUCCGCUGCAAGAAGAAGAGGAAGAAGAAGAGACAGCGAAACCUGGGAAAACUUUGGUGAAAAAACCUCAAGGUUCGAAGACGAAAAAAACUUCUGUUCAUGUUGAAAGUGACGAUGACGAGGAUUCUGUUGAGAGUGAAGACGAUGACGAGGAAGACUCCAAGCCCUUUGUGCCUUUUAAAUCAAACAAACGAGGCGAGAUGCCGAAUAAUUUGAACAAUUUCUUCCCGAUGAUCUUCAGUUUCCCGAAAUCGGGAGCUCGGGGCGGAAGUAGCCCGGGAACGAUUACUGCCAUCGCAAACAGUUUUUCCACUGGGAAAAGUGGAAUUGCUAGUUCUGUUGCCACUGCCUACGGCGGGUCUCCCAAUGGGAAGAAAAAACGCAACCAGCCGAGUCAAAAAUAAAAAAGUUUGAACAUUUAUAUAUAGAUAUUCUGUGAAAUAUUUAUCAGAAAUGAAAUCAAUAAAGUAUACGAUGUAUUUCUAAGUAUAAAUUUUCAAUGUUAAUGUAUAAUAAAAAAAAAUAUCGAAAUAAAUUCUGAAAA